GGGGCAUCCGCGCGCGCACGCACGCACAUCUCAUCAGGUACUUGCCAGCUGGAUUCGUGACAACUGCUCCACGGAUAUUUCUCUACGAUCCAGGGAUUAUCUAGUCCUCAAACCUCAACCCAGAUAGAUGCACCUUUCUAGGACAAGCACUCCCACCAAGCCCUAGGAUAUUCCCGAAUAUCCCCUCUUCCAAAGAUGUUGGGCCAGAAUCCCAACGUCAUCUACCAAAUCACCAAUUACUACAAUGAUAAAGUGCAAGUUCGAAAGAAUCACGUUCACAAAUCCGUUUACCGGAUCGCAAAGGUUGUGCAGGACGUAUUAAAGGAUGUGGAAAGUCAAGAACCACGGUUUAUUUCUACUCUUGUCGAGAGUAAUGGACGCUAUGAUGGGCUCAUCGUCCACUCCCCACACGAGUACGAAGCCAUACUCUACCUCAACCAGAUGGGAGUGUUCAACUUCGUUGACGAUGGCUCAAUCCAAGGCUGUGCCGUCUUAAAACUGAGCGAUGGUCGAAAACGAUCCAUGUCGCUUUGGGUGGAGUUUAUCACGGCUAGCGGUUACUUAUCAGCACGUAAGAUACGUAGCCGGUUUCAAACACUUGUCGGACAAGUGGUCGAAAAACCCGCGUUUCGGGACUACUGUAAAUUACUCACUGACACCAGUGACGUUCGACUAAGGGUUGAUGACAAGUAUGUGGUGCAAAUAACAUGCGCUUUCCGAUGCAAUGGAAUCUGGCCUCGGUCAGCUAGCCACUGGCCAAAUAAUACGAUUCCUUGGCCUAAUCCAGCCGUUGCUGCUGAGGUAAAAAACGAAGGCUUCGAUUUGACUAGCCGUGAAACUGGAACCACAUCGUCGCAACAGAAUAAGCAAGCCAGUUCAAUGGAAGGUGACGCUUGGGCUAUGAACCUUACAGGGGCCGAGAACGUCCUCCUGGCUGGGAACCGCCGAAAAGCCCUGAGUAUCCUUAAAUGCUUGCGGGAUACCCAUUUGGAGUUUCCGGGAACUCCUAUAACUAACUAUAUUCUGAAGACUUUGAUGUUAUAUGAGUGCGAGAAGCACUGUAACGAUUACGAAUGGGAGGAUAACUGCAUUGGCGAUAGGAUCAUCGGUAAGUGA